AUGAGGUCCAGUGUUGAGAUGAAGGUCCAGCCAACUCCUGCCAACUCGAGAAACGUCGCCCUCCAUAAUAGUGGAGAAAUCGGACUAAUCAAGUUAAGUGUUGAGCUCUACAUUGUCCCAUUCGCUACUCUAAAGAUAUCUCGGGCCCACUUUCGCGACUAUUUGUUCCUUUCAAAGGAUAAGGUACUUUUUGACGUGAGGGUUCGCGGAGAUGACAUGGAGACGCUCAAAGUCCUUGCGCAGAGGCAACAAUCUGAGUACUUUCGCCUCGUCAUCUCGUCGGCUCGGCCCUACGCCUCCGUAAAUUAA